AUGGUCCAUGAUCCCUUCGCCAAUUGGUACAGCGCCGAACUGCUGGACAGUUUAAUGUGUUCCAAUUGUCGAGAAUUUCAUGGCGUUCAUGCACCCUGCCCCUGCUCCUGCACGUCGCUUGACGAGCCCACUCGUGCAGAUGCCGUGUCACUUCCUCGGUCGACCAAGACGGGCAUCACAGGCAUGUUGUCGCUUCACGACUAUCGCAAGUUCCUGUCGCAGUCCGCAGAGUGUGUGAACGACCCCGUUGAUCUUCGCGUGGACAAGACGCUCAAACGCAAAAACGCCACCUCCAACCUGCAUCUGCUUCCCCAACCCCAUCGUCGCUCUCUGUCCUUCAGUGCCAUUUCCACCUCGUCGCGGGCGUCUAGUCCUCCGCCCUUAUCUCCAUCUUAUUCUCACAGCAUCAUCUCCUAUCAAAGUGAUUUUGACUACGAAGUUUCUCAAGCCUCUGCAGUGCUCAUUUCGCCCUCGCAGACUCCACGAGUCGACCUCGUUUCGGCCAGAUUGACACGUCCGAGACCAAAUCGCAAGCGACUGAACACCUUCCGUGAGAAGCUUCACCGGAACGGGCAGAUCCCAGUGCGGCCUCAAACUCAAGCUCAGGCCUCAAACCAAACUCAGACCUCGACUCACACUCACCCUCGGUCUCAGUCUCAGUCUCCCGGCCACGUUCCAUCACAGUCGUUACCAUCUUCCACCAACCUCGAACCUUCAAUGCUGGCGACAUCGCAGGCUGUCGCCACCGUCUCGCACGGGGGCGCCUCGUUUGAAAUCUUGAAUCCUCGCAAAUCACUAGAUGUGACGCGGAUUGUUUCCUUCAUUGAGGAUGUCGACGAUUGUUCAAUCCUUUCCUUUGACCCUCAGACCGAGCCCCCGGCGUUUCGCCAUCCUUACUCGGUGGACACCAGCUGCGACAGCAUGUCUAUCUCCCAAUUCACCGAUGCCUCUCUCCCUUCUUAUUUCUCUUCUCCAUCUCUCUACACAAUAUCGCCAUCAUUGAGCUGCUCUACACCCAAAAAAUCCCUCACCGGCAUAUCCGAAUCAUCACCUGGCGUGCAUGAUCGACUCGAUUCGCUGUCCGAUGCCUCGUCUCUUCAAAAACAACACCACUACUGGUCUUCAGCACGCGCACAUCGACUCGAUUCUCUCUCGGCGUCUCCACAGCGAAAGCUGGAGUUCGGUCUGAUCGACACCUCUCUCUCACAGAUGCAGCCACUCGCUAUUCUAGCAGGGCGAAUGGACGAGCGGGACUCGGACCUUGCAUCAGAGAUCCUACACCCUUCAGACCUUCAGACGCCGGUCUCUCAUUCUCCGUCUCAACCGAAUUUCCACUCUGGCGACAGCGACAUUGGUGAGCCGGGCUCACCUGUUUAUGCCAAUGGAGAUUGGUCUCAGGUAGAUGAAGGGGAUCGAGGAGUCCUGCUGGAUUUGGGUCCUCCUCCGCCUCCCCCUCCUUCUUUUCCUCAAACAUUCCAUGGUGGCAGCUCAGGACCAUCAUACUCGGAACCCCCCUCUCCAUACGACACAUACUACGCCAAUACCAUGUCAUCAUUGUUACCUUCCACGCCGUCUUCGGGUCCACACUACAAUCCAUAUGAUCCGAUGUUUUUCGAUCCUCAUGUCCAGUCUGUGCUGGCCGCGGCCAAUGCGGAGAACAUGGGACUCCGAGGCCACUCGAAUCGAGCUCUGGACGAUCUGCAGCGCAGAUUCGGUAGUUCAAUUAGUCUGGGUGGUCCUGGGUCUGGAUCCGGAUCGGGUGAAAGGCAUACACAUAAGGAAGGUCGAAAGGGAUCCUUUUCCCGGCGCAAGAAAUUUAAAAAGCUGCUCAGUUGGCGGUCCUGA